AUGGACGUCUCUGGGGGACGUAUCUGCCCACCUCACUCGUGCCCAGAUCCGGGCGAGGUUCCAAGGCUGGGGGAGGCCGGCGCCGGCCCAGAGCUUCCCGCGGGGCGCAGGACUGGAGGGAGGGUCCUGCGAGACCACGCUGGCCGCCUCUCGCCUCUGUCCACAGCAGGAAGCUCUCGGGAGCUGGGGCCCCGGCCCUGCCUGGGGGUGCAGACAGGAGCUGGGGGCUGUCCUCGGCGGGGCCCCUGGCCACCUGCCGCUGACCCAGCCGCCCCGGCCCUGCCCACGAUGUUUGGCCCAGAAAAAGGCGGCCCCGACGGAGGUGGGCCGCGGCCGCCCGUCUUCCGCCUUCCUCGAGGAGCCGGAGUCCUGUCUGGGGCCCCGCUGGUGACCGGACAGCCGGGCCCCGGCCAUGGCAAGAAGCUCGGCCACCGCGGUGUGGACGCGUCCGGCGAGACCACCUACAAGAAGACCACGUCUUCCACCCUGAAGGGGGCCAUCCAGCUGGGCAUCGGCUACACCGUGGGCAACCUGAGCUCCAAGCCGGAGCGCGAUGUGCUCAUGCAGGACUUCUACGUCGUGGAGAGCAUCUUCUUCCCCAGUGAAGGCAGCAACCUCACGCCCGCCCACCACUUCCAGGACUUCCGCUUCAAGACCUACGCGCCCGUCGCCUUCCGCUACUUCCGGGAGCUCUUUGGGAUCCGGCCCGACGACUACUUGUACUCGCUGUGCAACGAGCCACUGAUCGAGCUGUCCAACCCCGGUGCCAGCGGCUCCCUCUUCUACGUCACCAGCGACGACGAGUUCAUCAUCAAGACGGUGAUGCACAAGGAGGCCGAGUUCCUACAGAAGCUGCUGCCCGGCUACUACAUGAACCUCAACCAGAACCCGCGGACGCUGCUGCCCAAGUUCUACGGGCUGUACUGCGUGCAGUCGGGGGGCAAGAACAUCCGCGUGGUGGUGAUGAACAACGUGCUGCCGCGUGUCGUCAAGAUGCACCUCAAGUUCGACCUCAAGGGCUCCACCUACAAGCGGCGGGCCAGCAAGAAAGAGAAGGAGAAGAGCAUCCCCACCUACAAGGACCUGGACUUCAUCCAGGACAUGCCCGAGGGGCUCCUGCUCGACGCCGACACCUUCUCCGCUCUCGUCAAGACGCUGCAGCGGGACUGCCUGGUGCUGGAGAGCUUCAAGAUCAUGGACUACAGCCUGCUGCUGGGAGUGCACAACCUCGACCAGCAGGAGCGCGAGCGGCAGGCCGAGGGUGCGCACAGCACCGCCGACGAGAAGCGGCCGCUGGGCCAGAAGGCGCUCUACUCCACGGCCAUGGAGUCCAUCCAGGGCGGGGCUGCGCGCGGCGAGGCCAUCGACACGGACGACACGAUGGGCGGGAUUCCCGCCGUGAACGGCCGCGGGGAGCGCCUGCUGCUGCACAUCGGCAUCAUCGACAUCCUGCAGUCCUACAGGUUCAUCAAGAAGCUGGAGCACACCUGGAAGGCUCUCGUCCAUGAUGGGGACACGGUCUCCGUCCACCGGCCCAGCUUCUACGCCGAGCGCUUCUUCAAGUUCAUGAGCAACACAGUCUUCCGGAAGAACUCCUCCCUGAAGUCGUCGCCGUCCAAGAAGGGCCGUGGUGCCUUGCUGGCCGUCAAGCCCCUGGGGCCCACGGCCGCCUUCUCGGCCAGCCAGAUCCCCAGCGAGCGGGAGGACGCACAGUAUGACCUGCGGGGGGCCCACAGCUACCCCACGCUGGAGGACGGAGGCCGGCCCGACCUCCUGCCCUGCACGCCGCCUUCUUUUGAGGAGGCCACCACCGCCUCCAUCGCCACGACCCUGUCGUCCACGUCCCUCUCCAUCCCCGAGCGGUCCCCCUCGGAGACGUCGGAGCAGCCGAGGUACAGGCGGCGCACGCAGUCCUCGGGACAGGACGGCCGGCCCCAGGAGGAGGCGCCGGCGGAGGAGGACCUGCAGCAGAUAACGGUGCAGGUGGAGCCCGCGUGCAGCGUGGAGAUCGUGGUCCCCAAGGAGGAGGACACGGGGGUGGAGGCCUCCCCGGCCUGCGCCUCUGCCGCCGUCGAAGCGGAAACCGCCAGCCAGGCCUCGGAGCCCGCCAGCCAGGCCUCAGACGAGGAGGAUGCGCCCGCCACGGACAUCUACUUCCCCACCGAUGAGAGGAGCUGGGUGUACUCCCCGCUCCACUAUAGCGCCCCGGCCCGCCCGGCCUCCGACGGCGAGAGCGACACAUAACUUCUACGCAGCUGGCGACCCGGAGCCGAGCGCCCGCUGCCGCCCUGGCCGCUUCCCGGAGGCACCGCCCGCCCUGCUCGGCCCGGCCCA